AUGAAGAUAAGAGUGGUCCAAAUCUGGGGAUUUUUAAUGACAGUGUUAGGCUGGAUCUUUGUGGCCUGCACUAUGGCUAUGGAGGGCUGGAAGAUAGCCUCUGUUGGUGGCAUGGGUGGGUCGGCCAUCAUCAAGGUGGCCUGGCACUGGUCCAGCUUAUGGAGAAAAUGCUUUACAGAUUCAACUGCCGUCACCAAUUGUCAUAAUUUCCCUGUGCUCUGGUCUGUGGAAGGGUACGUUCAAAUAGUGCGAGGCCUACUAAUGGGAGCUCUUUCUCUGGGCAUGCUGGGGUUUAUACUCAGCCUGUUGGGUAUGGAAUGCACCUAUGUUGGGGGUAAAAACCCUUCAAAGUACAAGAAGAUCUUUACUGGCGGAUGGUGCCACAUCAUCAGUGGUGCAUUGUCCACUUGUGGGUAUGCAGUGUAUGCAGAGCAUGUCUCGGUUGAAAACCUCAAUCCUCUCCCGAAUCGACUUAAUUAUGACCUUGGCACACCGUUAUUCCUUGGCUGGGUGGGCUCGGCCUUUCACAUGACUGGUGGUUUUUUCUACCUGUGGUCCGUGUUCAGACCGCUCUGUGGAGGAGGAAGAGAAAGGUCAAUAAAACCACAGCCAGACCUGGAGAAAAACAAGUCCACCACAGCAUCUUCUGCCAUAUCAGAGGUCACCCCCAAUACUAAACUGUCUUCGAUCUCCAAGCUGUCGUCCAGGUCUAAGCGCUCAGAUGUAUCCUCCUUAUCUUCCAAAUCUGGACGCACAGCAAGGUCAGGGAGGUCGUCCAUGACAGGACGGACACCCAGAUCAGCUGGGACCUUUGUACAUGGCUCAGGAUCGAGAUCAGGAUUGGGAUCUAAGUUUCAGUCCGGCCUGUCCUUAGAGCCCAGCCUAUCUACUUUGUCAGAAUCAAGGAGUAGGAGUCGCAGCAGUGACAGCAGUCGCAGCAUGUCCUCACUGUCCGACAAUUUGAGAAGUGGAACCACAACAUUUGUCAAAAACUCCUACAUUUGA